GAGGAAUGCAGGCUUAGAAAAGAAAAAUAAGAAAAGGAGUUAAGGGAAAUCCCGCUAAAGAUGAGUAAUUCCCCCAGCAGAGGCGAAUAAAAGGCCCGCCAUCUGUCUGUAGCGGGUAGUGUGAAGACCGCAGCCGUAAGAAGCACAGGCCGACUGACACCCCCCAACAUGAUGGCGACGAAGAGCAGCUCCCACAUCUUCCUUGUCGCGUGCUUCUGCCUCGCCCUGACGGCACAGCAGGCGAUGUCCCACGGCUAUGGCUACGGCAGGUGGGGGCACAGGUCACCGAGCUACUACAAGCCGUACGGUGGAUAUGUCAGAGGCUACGGAAGCCAUGGUGGCAGUUAUGGUAGUUAUGGCAGUCACGGCGGCCAUAGGCAACAUGGCAGUUACAGCAGCCAGAGGGGUUAUGGGAGCUACGGAAAUCGAGGAAGCGGACACACAAGCUACGGAAGUCAAGGAAGCGGACACACAAGCUACGGAAGUCAAGGAAGCGGACACACAAGCUACGGAAAUAUCCUGGGUCGCCCCGUUGCCGUUUCUUCAGGAACACACAAUGACAUGCGCCCAGGAAGUCAGUUUCAAGGCAGCGGAAAUGGAGUCUCCCCAGUCCAGGGAGUAAGUGGAAUCUCCCCAGUCCAGGGAGUAAGUGGAGUCUCCCCAGUCCAGGGAGUAAGUGGAAUCUCCCCAGUCCAGGGAGUAAGUGGAAUCUCCCCAGUCCAGGGAGUAAGUGGAGUAGGCGUCGCCCCCUUGCAAGGCAGUGGCGAAGUGAGCCACAUUCACCUAGUGGACGCGAACUCAGGAGUGUCAGGCCCAGUGGGACCCACGUUCAUCAACUCAGGCGACCAGGAGGGAGUGAGCGACCUUCUCUUGGGAGGCGCCAGCGGGACUGGAGUCGACGUGACCCAGGUUGAUCUGAGGAACAAUCGUUAGAGGAGGGAAAUAGAGGUCAUAGGUUAAAACGAUAAUAAUUUUAAGGAGCAUGUUUCAUUAAAAAUAAAUACCCCCAAAAAUGUAUUCAUUAUACACCCUAUAAAACAAAAAUUAUUAGGUAAUUUAGUUCAAUAUUAUUAACAACA